UGUUUUAUCAGCGGUCUGAAGGUUACCGAAGAGCCGCACUGCUCGUGGGCUCCCUGUCGGUCACCUCGGCGGAGUUUGGCGCAGACUGAGGCCGGUGGCGAGCGUUCGUGAGACGGAGUCAUGGACCCCAUGAAGGCGCAGCAGCUGGCGGCGGAGCUGGAGGUGGAGAUGAUGGCGGACAUGUACAACCGAAUGACCAACGGCUGCCACAGGAAGUGCGUGCCGCCGCACUACAAGGAGGCGGAGCUCACCAAGGGCGAGUCGGUGUGCCUGGACCGCUGCGUGGCCAAAUACCUGGACCUGCACGAGCGGCUGGGCCGGAAGCUCACCGAGCUGUCGGUGCAGGACGAGGAGACCAUGAGGAAGGCGGCCGUGGGCAGCGGCUAGACGCCGCCGCCGCGGUCAGGGGUCGGGGUGGGGUAAAUUUAAAACAAAAGAAGUUCAGGCUCCGCUGAGACGAACUGGCCUCCUCUUCACGCCGGAGGACGAUCCGCAGGACGGAGGCUGCAGAGGGAGGCUGCCGGGAUCUCCUCCUCACUUCACACUCGGCCUGGAGACAAACCGACACACACCUCUGAGUUUGUGCUCGUUUACAUCCGUCUCUGAAUCCAACAUUCAAGCCUGUUGCCUGUGUGUCAGACUCCAGGCGCGUCUGACAGGUUUAAUCACGAACUAUGAGUUUUCUUUGUUCAAAAUUUUGUUAGUCAAGUUUUUUUUUUGUUUUUUUUUUUUUAAGUGAAGUGGUAGAAAUAUGGUGCGUUCAUGUCACGAGGGAGAGUGAGAAAUUCCAGUUUCUGAGUUGGCUCCAUUCACAGUGAUAGAAGUCACUUUCCUAGUAAGUGAAAUAAUGGUGUGUUCAUGGGUAACUGAAACCGUGGGACUGUUCAAAUGUCUGAACUUGAGGCUUUGAGGUCAAUGUUUACACACUUUGACAUGUUAGUAACUGUUUUCUUCAAGUAACCAGACGACUUAAAGUAUUAGAGGUAAGAAAUACUACAAGUACAUCUCAAAACAUUUUAUUGUUGUGGAAGAGUAAUUUAUCGCUUAAUUAAACUCGAAUAGUAAAACGUUAAUUUUACUUCUGUUAAAACAGUUUAAAUCUUAGUUUUUUUUUAUGUCAAUGUUUCUUAACAUUAGAUGGUUUUCUUUUUUUCCAGCCAUAAACCUUAUUAAUGCGUUCUCUAUCUCGUAGGUUACACGUGUGAAACUAAGUGACAAAACAACCAACUCUGCUUUGAUAUUCUCACGUUUUGAGAUGCGCCUGUACAUGUAUUAAUGCGGGUGGGUUCAGUGAUGUGAAAUCUGCUGCUCGGAGCCAAAAUUCACACUUUCUCAGUGUAAAGUUGUGAGUUUUCCCAGUUCCUGAAUGCAUCAUCGGUCUGUAAAUCACUCUGGAGGUGUGGUGCCUUCAGGCCAAUUGGAAAAUUCCCCUUUCUAAGCAGCGGAACAACACAACCAGAGAGUUCACCCGUGUAUGGGAAAAGGUGUGAUCAAACUUUUGAUCUGGAACUCAUGAUGCAUUCAGAAAGCUGGGAAAUUCUAUGACUAAAGCUGUUUCCGUAAUGUUUGCCGUGUCAAGACUGAUGAAAGUGAUCAUCAGUUUGAAUCCAAGUGUGAAAGUUCAGACCUGUGAGUGGAGAUGAACAUGCAGUAAUUCCCACCUUCAGUGGGAAGCUGGGAGUUUACAACAAUCAGACAAACUGUUCUCCUGAAUGUGUGUUUGGUGCUUUCAUGAAGGGUUUUCUGUAAACAGUGUGCACACUUAAAAGCUUUUUGACAGUGGGCUUCUGAUUUGAUCCAAUUAGAUUUUUCCAACUUAUCAAGAUUUCUCACUUUCCCAGUUGUAAAUUCUGCUUCGCAGCACGCGCAUAUGUUUGCUACUCAACAUUCAAUUUUCCCUCAGUUCUUGGUUUGUCUUGAACGCACCAUUGGGCCGUGAAACUCUUUGUUGCCUUCAACGGCCGGGAAUUUGAAAAGACGGUCUCAUUGUCUAAUUUCCCAGUUUGUCUUGAACGCACCAUUCUUAAAAAUGCGGUUUCAUUAUGGUGCGUUCACGUUCAUCCGUUCUUUUCUGUGAACGACAGAAGUAGAAUCACAUUGACAAACCUAGAAGAAAAACCUCGUUUCUGACAUCGUUUUGUUCAUCAGUGAAGAGCUGACGUGUAUUUUCAGCACUGGAAAGUCAGUUUUUAGUGAAGAAAGCGCCUCUAAACAGCUGAGAGAUUCCCGUUUCUGUGAUUUCGAUGUGAAUCGGUGAAAACUUAUCAGAACAAGCGCUGAUCUGGAGCCAGAAGGCCUCUCCAGCCUCUAUGCAGCGUUCCCUCUCUGAAGCCUCGUUUUCGCCUGUCGCUCGGUUUGAUUGGGUGAAAAUCAGCCUGAACUUUGCUUGUUGUGUGUUUGUGUGAGUGUGUCUCUCUCUUUGUGUGUGGACUGUUGUCAGUGUGUCAGUGGGCCAUGGUUUUUUGUUUUUUUCGUUUUUGUUUUUUUUUUCUCAUGUGAAAACCAGAAGCUGAACAAUAUGUUAAGGACUCUAAUAAAGUAUCAUGUA